GAUCAUGUGGAUCAUCGACGCCCACUUCAGAGGAUAUGUACCAAAAACAAAUGGAAAGGGCUGACGAAUCAGCAGAUCGAAUGGGAAGGAUUGGUUUGGAGUGUGAACCCCAAGGAUACACAGGUGGUUCAGGCAACACGAACUACACUGUUGGUGAUACCAUUCUCGGAUUCUUCAUUCUUUUCUUUAUUUUUGGUGCCCCCAUUGUGAUAUGUCUCGCGUGUAUCCGGAGACAACAGGCUAUAAACGCAGCCAAUCUCAAUAAUGUUUCUGGUCAAGUGGUGGGAGCUCAGGUGGCUCAUGGAACUGAUCUCAAGUCUUAUCCGGCAACCAACACCGUCCAAAAGGGAGAUCCCAAUUACCAAGUUUGAUCCAUCACAAGUAUGGAUAAACGACAUUUUUCGUU